ACUCAGCUAACUUCAUAUCGGUAUAGAUUUCGUGUAUGUAUUUACAAAAAAAUAUGACGUAAUUUCACUUCUCUUGCAAGUAACAGCAGCAGUCUACAUAGUAAUGCCUUUCUGGAAUUUUAUUCGUGAUAUAUUUCGUGGAGGAAAUUCAGAAGAACUCAAAAACAAGGGAUUCUUUGAUUACCGAGACAAUUAUGACAAAGAUAGUUUUAGAAAUCCAAUUUGGCAAAAUGAUGAAGAUGAUGAUGAUGAUAUGGAUGAUUUUAGGCAUUUCAGAGGAGGUAUUCAUUUCCGGAUUGUCAGUGAUCCUUUAGAGAUCACAAAAUAUUUUGAGUCUCAAAUGGAUAAUAUAUUAAAACAAUUUUUCUUUGGAUUUCAUAAUGAAGAACAAAAUAUAUUUACAAAUGCAGUUCCAUUUACAUCUCCACAAGAAGAAAAUUUACGCGACCAAAUGUUGAAACCUAAUACUGAAAAUUUUAGUCAAGUAGAACCAAAAUUGGAUUUAGAUUUGGAUGGAAAGAUUACACCAGAUAAUUUUUCUAAUGUUUGGGAUAAAUAUGAUCCAAAUAAAUACAAAUCAGAAGUGAUGUUACCUUAUCAAACGAUAAUUGGAAAGUCUAUAAGGAAAGAAUUGAUUCAUAAACCUGAUGGUACAAUAGAGAAAAAGGAAAUAAUUAAAGACAGUGAAGGAAAUGAGGAAACAACUAUAUCACGACAAAUUGCUGAUAAUUUACAUACUAUUACUAUAAAAAAAGAUAAAAAUGGAGUAGAAACUAGAACAGAAAAUGUGGUCACUAUUGAUAGAAUUUCAGAUGAACUAAAAGGAAAUAAAUGGUUAUUAUCAAAUGAAGGCAACGAUAGUACUCAUAAUAUACGUUUUACAAAUUUUCCUUGGAAACAGUUUUUUAAACUUGAUCCAAAACUAUAAUUCAAUCUAGAGAAGCAAAUGGUUUUUCUGUAGAAACAUAUUGUUAAGUGACUAAUAAUAUAGCUCUUUUUAAGAAAUAAAAUUAAAUUUUAAGUCUUAACAUCUUUUAACAUACAUGCCUAAAUUUCAACUAGUAAUUUUACAAUGGUGAAUAAAUAUUUUAGGUUUUCAUGUUAAUCCCAAAUUUUUUAUGUAUCUAGUUCUCAAUUCUUAGUAACUUAUAAUUAAGCUAAUCAUAUUUUUAUAUUCAUUUUCCCUUGGAAUUAAUUACCUUGGUGAUACAAACAGAAAACUGAGAUUUUACAUUAAAAAAAUAAAUAAAAAAGUAAAUAAAAUGUUUCCAUUUAGAGCUCUGCUUGCAAGGUAAUCGAGUUUGAACAUUUGUUUAGUGUACUUGAAUGUGACUAAUACUGAAUUGGAUUGAGUUGAAUAAUCAAGAGGAGUUAAAGCUAUAAUGUAAGAAGAAAAUCAGAGAAUAUAAUGGAAUGAGUUUUCUUCUAUUAAAUUUAAUUUGUGAACAAAUGAAUGUUAAAUAUUCAGUGAAUUCAUCAAUAGUUGCACACCAUAAUAAAUGCCAAUGUGUAACGAAUAAUAGUAAUAAAAAACUUUUGCAAACUUAAUUUUCUCAAAAGCAUAGCACUAAAUGAACAAAUUUUAUGUAGUAUUAUUUCCUCUUUACUUAUAAUAUCGGGUCAGGAGCACUUUGUUU